AUGGGAUUCAUCUUGAUUAUCGAUAACAUAUCGGAUAUGGAAUAUGUUCUUGCUUGCUUUGAAGAGAACUUGUUCAAUAUUAUGACGCUAUUGAAGAUAUGCAUAUGCAGAAUGAAUAGGAAUGGGUUGGCCGAAAUUUUAAAGGAAGUCAAAGUCGAUCUUAUUCCAGAAAGAUACAAAACCGAUGAGGAAAAGAUUGCUUUUUUAAAUUAUAACAAUUUUAGUUUAAUGAUCGUUAGGAUCACUUUAGGAUCAGGCACCACAGCCUCUAUUAUGUAUUAUCUGUCCGCUACUGCUACCAACAUUGAAAGGGUCAUUGCAAAUUCAUCUUACGGAUACGUAUUGCCAUACAAAACCCAUCCGCUGAUCGAACCGACAAAUCUGACAAUCUACAUUCUUCUUUGUCUAUAUCAAUUUAUUAUAGUACUAAGUUUAAUCUUCGGUUACGUCGCAAUUGAUUGUCUAUUCAUCAGUAUUGGACUCCACGUCAGUGGUGUUUUCUCUGCACUUUCCUGCAAAGUAAAGCACGUCUUGAACAAUCAGGAGAAUCGUAAACGUCGAAUAAAAGAAUUAAUUUUGCGACACAUACGUCUAGUACGGUUAGCAGAUUCUUUGGAAAGUGUGUUCAACGUAUUAAUUUUCCAACAAUUAAUAGGAAGUACCAUUCAUCUUACUCUUCUUGGUUAUGACUCGCUCCUUAGUAUAACGCUAGGAGAGGAGAAAAAGUUAUUCGCUUUUGUCUUUAUUGCAUGUCGUGUUUUAAUCUCGCUAUUGAUUUAUUGCUAUAUCGGAGAGUGUCUUAUUAAUGAAAGCACAUCCUUUGGUGAAUCAAUUUAUCACUGCAAAUGGUACAACAUAUCGCAAGAGGAGAUAAAAUUAAUGCAAAUUUGUAUGAUGCGGUCAUCAAAACAAAUGCAACUGACCGUAGGCAAAUUUUUCGUUUUGUCAUUGACUACAUUCACAGAUAUCAAACUAUUCGAGAUCGUGAUCGUUUUUCUACUUCACGAAAGAUACAUCGCGAUCGGUGAUGUAUGGCCAUUGAGAAAUAGCGUAUAUCGAUUUGUACGAUAUAAUGGACGACCUUUAUCUUAUGCUAGAGAAUCUUUUGGAAACUUAAGUGCCGAAACCUGUAUUCGUUAUACCAUUCUUACAUGUGGUACUAAUCCUAGUCAUCACGAAAUAAUGGCUAAGAGACAUUUAACCUCUCUCCUUCUCUCUCUUUUGGUGAACCUCUCCGUAGAUCUUGAAGAGUACAUACGUCCUUUUAAAGUCUAA